CUCUCUCUAAAAGCCUGUGCACAGUUCAGUGAGUGCUACAGCACACAGGCUUUUACUAAAAAGAAAGGGCAGAUAUGAAGAGAGCUGAAGGUUUUGAAGUAACGUGUGAAGACGAUACAGGAUAGCAGGACUCCCAGUUUAACAGCUGCUUUUUUCAUGAACAUAUGCAGCAAAGGCUCCAUCAUCGAACAAGUGUAGAUGUAUCAUAGCAGCUGCGAAAGUUGAAGAUGGCUUCCAGGAACAGGAAAAUUCCCAAACAAUUCUUGGAUGAUGGUGAGAUGGUCUGGAAGACAAGGGCAUUGCAAGCACAAAGGAAACUCAAGCGGCUUGAGAAAACUAGGAAGGGUCCCCAAUCCUUGCAGGGAGUCCUGGUAACUGAUCACCCAGUUGUUGAGGCUCCUGCGGCAGCUGCUGUCCCAGGCAAGAUGUGGUGAGGGAUAAGGGGGUGUCACUAUGGCACAGGAGGAUCAUAUGGCAGUGACGGCAGUCCCAGGCAGGGUGAGAGGAGCUGCAGAGGAUGGAGCAACAGAGCCAAAUGCAGCACAGCACAAACAGGGGACAGAGGUUGGAUCACUGGACAAACCGGGUCAAUCAGCAUCAAAAGCAGGACGGUGUCAAGCAUCAAAGCAAGGAGGUUUCCAUCUUGACCAUAAAGGUUUCGCUGCUUGAACUCUUUCCUGGACAAACUGACCAACCUGUGGUGUCCAAGCUCAUAAAAGUGGAGAAGCUGACUUCUGAAUUUUGGACAAAUCUUUGUUGGAACAAUGAGUGAAUGCAGCCCUAGCACAACAGAGAAUACAACAAGUUGUGGCACUCAUGUCAUAGACAUCCAGUGCUACCUCAUCCUGAACAGCAGAUUCCAGAAAGUUUUGAUAGCUGUACUCUGCAUUGGGGCAGGAGCCUUCUGCAUCUUGGAGAAUAUCUUGGUUCUGUGUAUGAUAUGGACCUCAGCUCGACUACGGAGAAAAGCUUCUUACUUGUUUCUCAGUAGCCUUGCCCUGGCUGAUCUCUUUGCAAGCCUUAUAUUCUCCUACAGCUUUGUUGACUUUCAUGUAUUCCAUGAAGCCGGGUCACCUACUGCCUUUUUGUUCAAGCUUGGUGUUGUCACCACAUCAUUUACAGGUUCACUAGGUAGCUUGCUGAUUUUGGCGUUUGACAGAUAUAUUUGUAUUCAUAAACCAUUAGCAUAUAAGUCUUUAGUAACCAGGAAGAGAGCUGUGCUGGUUUUAUUUGGCAUGUGGAUCAGCACAAUAUUUAUAUCCUACUUACCUUUGAUGGGUUGGAAUUGUUGCUCCCUUCUCAGUGUCUGUUCAGAAUUGUUUCCUCUGGUUGACAACAGAUAUUUGGCAAUAUGGAUUACACUGGUGGGGAUUCUCCUAAGCUCAAUCAUCUGCUUUUAUGCACAUAUCCUAUGGAAGGCACAUAGUCAUGCAAAUGAUAUGGAAAAGUAUAACAAGCAAGCUGCAAAAGGACAAGGCCACAUGAGAAUAGACAUCACACUGGCUAAAACUCUGGCUCUGGUGCUAAUUAUCCUUAUAGUUUGCUGGUCUCCUGCACUCAUCAUUAUGAUACACAGCCUACUUUACUCACUAAGCAGAAGUAUCAAGACUAUAUUUGCCUUCUGUAGUACUCUUUGUUUGGUCAACUCUAUGGUUAACCCAAUCAUUUAUGCACUGAGAAGCAAGGAAUUGCGCUAUAAGUUAAUCAAAGGCCUCAAAAAGUGCAAGACUGUAAUGAAACUCUCAAAAAGUGAACCAGAGGUAGAAGGAGCCCAUAAGAACUCUGGAUUUGAUACAGGUGGUGAUGACACAGUUUGUGAUACUGAAAUGAGUAAUUAGAGUGACUCCAUGAACCCUAUUAUCACUCUGCUAAAAUGAACUAUCUAAGAAAAAAGCCUGACUAUAAAUAAUCAAGGCUUGUUGUUUUGCUAAAUGCACAAAUGAUAGAACUGGUAAUUAUUUACAAUUACAUAGUUAUGAAUUGUAGAUCUUAUUUGAUAUUCUACUUAAUUUAUGGUAGAUACUGCAAUCUUAAUGCUACAGUUCUUAAAGGACAUUGUGUAUCUAUUAUGCACUGACUGACAGCCAUUUCUGUUCUUUAACAGAUUGUUCAACUCUCGGACAUAACACAAUCAAGUAGCCAGGCAUUUAAUAUGAUUUUUGUUAUUUUAGUAAUCUUUCACAAACCAUGGAAUAAUAAAUGUUAAAUCACAUAACAUAAUGCUAUAAUUUCACACAGAUACAACAAAACUAUAGAUUUACGAAUUAAAGAGACAGGAAACCCCAAAUUUUUCUUUCAUGAUGUGGAUAGAACAUAUCAUUUUAAACAAAUUUUCAAUUUAGUUCUGUUAUCAAAUUUGCUUUAUUAUUUUGUUAUCCUUUGCUGAAGGAAUAGCAUUGCAAUACUGGCAGCUAGCUGAACACAUCUAGUUAGCCAAUCACAAGAGACAAA